UUUGCUGGCUGCUUUGCAGUUUGUUUCGUUUUUAUUUAUUAUUUUAAUAACAAUAAAACUACAAUGGGUAAAAGAUACUACUGCGAGUAUUGUGACAAAACUAUGGUGUCGGCUCCAGCAAUUGUUAGAACUCACAAUAAUGGUGUUUUACAUCAAAAGUUAGUGCGGGAACACUACCACCAAUACAAAGAUCCAGAAAUGAUAUUAUCAGAAGAGGCAUUCAAGAAGCCCUGUCUUAGGUUUCAAAAUGGGGAAUGCAAAUUUGGAGGCAUCUGCCGAUAUUCCCACUAUUCCAGGGAAGAAAUAGAUGCUCUUAGAGAGUAUGUUGCAUGCAAGAAGAAAAUGGACAGAAUCAAGCCUCCACCAUCGUUCCAUGACCUAUACCAAAAACUUCAAGAUGAAAAGGCUAAAUCCGAACCGGACAAUAAUACCACAGUAUUGUACGACAGCAAUGGCUUAACGCAUUCCCUUCCAUGGACUUACAACAAUUUAUUCGACAGCUACGGUGAAAAUCUGCCUCCAAGUCUUAAAAGGAUGAAAAUGGACGAUUUUAAAAGUGCUGAAUUUACAGAAUGGGGAUAACCCUGAUGACAACAAUUCUGCUAUCCAGUGUGACGGGCAAAUUCCGCGAGCCAUCUUAUGGUCUAUCCAUGAGACGUGAGAGAAACCCCAAGAUCAUAAUCAUAGUAGACUCCAGCAACUACAGAAAAUACGACUACAAAAUGCGCAACAUUGCCCGAACCUUGAACGCCAUAGAGGAAGACAAACAAGAACGGAAAAAAGCGGCAUUGGUCAGAAAACAGCACAAACAAAGAAUGAAGGAAAUCAACGAAUUCAUGAAGGAUCAUAUGAUGACCACCCUGUAUUUUUACAAGGAAAUGAAAAGGAUUAAAGAGCAGCGCAGCGUGAAAGGGCCCUUAAGGAAUAUGAUAGAGUGGCUAGAAUUGCCUGGACGUGAGAAAGAGAAGAAAGAAGUUCUCGAUUGCUAUAUAGAGAUGAGGAAAAGGAAGGCUAAGGAGCCUGGAGAUAUUUGGAAGCAGUAUGAUACGAAUAAUC